AAGCUGGAAGUCAGAUUUUUCUAAUAGCUACUCUCCCCUUUGUCAAUCAAGCCUCAGCAAUGAUGUCACAAGAUGAAGAGCAAUGUUUGAUUAGUUCUACACCUCUAUGUGUUUGGAGACUCAGCUAUUAUAGCUAGCAGAGACGCGCACGUCUCUCUGACCUUGUGCGUAAUUCUCCCCGAAAGUUUACAUCACCGGAGUAAGUCUUUGAGAUCAGAGCAAAUGGCGAAAUCGAGCGCAGACGAUGCUGAACUCCGGCGAGCUUGCCAGGCUGCAAUUGAAGGCACCAAACAGAAGGCUGUUAUGUCGAUACGUGUUGCCAAGAGUCGCGGAAUUUGGGGAAAAUCCGGCAUGCUAGGAGGCCGUCAAGCAAUGGCCAAGCCCAGGGUUCUCGCUCUCUGCAUCAAAGUGAAAGGUCAGAGGACAAAAGCUUUUCUUCGAGUCUUAAAGUACUCCAAUGGAGGAGUUCUCGAGCCUGCAAAGUUAUACAAGCUGAAACACCUCUCAAAGAUGGAACUUAUAUCAGCUGACCCCAGUGGAUGUACAUUUACGCUGGGAUUUGAUAACAUCAGAAACCAUACUGUAGCUCCACCUCAGUGGACAAUGCGCAAUGUUGAUGACAGGAACCGCAUCCUAAUGCAAAUCUUAAAUAUAUGCAAAGAUGUACUGGGUCGCCUUCCUAAGGUUAUUGGCAUAGAUGUUGUGGAGAUGGCUCUCUGGGCCAAGGAGAACACACCUGCAGUUGCUGCUCAUACAAACCCACAAGAUGGUGGUCCUGUUGAAUCUGCUGUGACCGAGACAGAAUUGAAAGUCAAUGUAGAGAAGGAACUUGUUUCCCAGGCAGAAGAAGAAGACAUGGAGGCUCUUUUGGGAACUUAUGUCAUGGGUAUUGGUGAAGCAGAGGCAUUUUCUGAAAGAUUGAAGAGAGAGCUCCAGGCUCUGGAAGCAGCAAAUGUGCAUGCCAUCUUAGAAAGCGAACCUUUGAUAGAUGAGGUGUUGCAGGGGCUUGAAGCAGCAGCACAUUGCACGGAAGACAUGGAUGAAUGGUUGUGCAUUUUCAAUGUGAAAUUAAGGCACAUGAGGGAGGAUAUUGAAUCAAUAGAAACUCGCAAUAACAAGUUGGAAAUGCAAUCAGUAAACAAUAAAGCUCUUAUUGAGGAACUCGAUAAACUUCUUGAGCGGUUGCAUGUCCCUUCUGAGCUUGCAGCUUGUCUGACAGGAGGUUCAUUUGAUGAGGCACGCAUGCUUCGGAAUAUGGAAGCAUGUGAGUGGUUGGCAGGUGCCUUGCAUAGUCUCGAAGUGCCUGAUAUAGACCCUGCUUUUGCUAAUAUGAGAGCUGUUAAAGACAGGCGUGCAGAACUUGAAAAAUUAAAAUCUAUUUUUGUCAGGAGAGCUUCUGAGUUCCUAACAAAUUAUUUUGCCAGUUUGGUGGAUUUCAUGAUUAAUGAUAAAAGUUACUUUUCCCAGGUAUUUUCUAUUCAGGUUCUUAAAAGAAUUACAAACUUCAAAAAGCCUCAGAAUUCUAAGCACCACUUUGUGGGCUGUGCUUGCUUUAAACAGAGGGGGCAGUUUAAGAGGCCUGACCAUGCUGACUUACGGCACAAAUGCAGGACAUAUGUACGCCUUCUGCAACAUUUAAAGAAUCUUGAUAAAAAAUUCUUAGGUCCAUUGAGGAAGGCUUAUUGCAGCUCUCUUAACACGCUUCUCCGAAGGGAGGCCCGUGAGUUUGCAAAUGAACUUCGUGCUAGUACUAAAGCACCUAAAAAUCCAACUGUUUGGCUUGAAGGUUCCACAGGUUCUGGUCAGAAUGCAAACACUGCUGACACUUCUUCAGUUUCUGAGGCUUAUGCAAAGAUGCUCACAGUUUUUGUCCCUCUUCUAGUGGAUGAGAGCUCUUUUUUUGCUCACUUCAUGUGUUUCGAAGCUCCCACACUGGCUCCUCCAGGAGGCACUAAUAAUGGUAAUGAAGAUGGAUAUGAUGACGAAGGUGAUGAAGCCAAUGAUGAGGAUUUGGGGAUUAUGAUCACUGAUGAGAAUGAUAGCAAAUCCGGUGCUUGUAUGAAUCCUGCGGAGCUUGCAUCUUUGAAUGAGUUCCUUCAGGAUUUGCUAGAUGGAAUCCAGGAAGACUUUUAUGCCGUGGUAGAUUGGGCAUACAAAAUCGAUCCUUUGUGCUGCAUAUCAAUGCACGGAAUAACAGAGCGCCAUCUCUCUGGUCAGAAAGCUGAUGCAGCAGGAUUUGUAUGCCUUGUGCUCGGUGACCUAGAGUCUCGGAUAUCCAUGCAAUUCAUCCGUUUUGUAGAUGAAGCCUGCCAUCAGAUUGAAAGACAUGAGCGUAAUGUUCGCCAAAUGGGUGUCUUGCCUUACAUUCCCAGAUUUGCAACCCUUGCGACGCGUAUGGAGCAAUACAUCCAAGGGCAGUCAAGGGAUUUGGUUGACCAAGCAUACAUGAAAUUUGUUACCAUAAUGUUUGUGACUUUAGAAAAAAUUGCACAAACAGAUCCAAAGUAUGAAGAUAUUUUUCUAUUAGAGAACUAUGCAGCCUUUCAAAAUAGCUUGUAUGACCUCGCUAAUGUUGUUCCAACUUUGGCAAAGUUUUACCAUCAGGCCAGUGAAUCCUAUGAACAAGCUUGCACACGCCACAUUAGCAUGGUUAUUUACUAUCAAUUUGAACGUCUUUUUCAGUUUGCUAAAAGGAUUGAGGACUUGAUGUUCACUAUCCCACCUGAAGAGAUUCCUUACCAGCUCGGGCUGUCAAAAGCGGAUCUUAGGAAGAUGUUAAAAGCCAGUUUAUCCGGGGUUGAUAGGUCUUUUGGUGCAAUGUAUAAGAAAUUACAGAAGAACUUGACUUCAGAGGAACUGUUACCUUCCUUGUGGGAGAAAUGCAAGAAGGAGUUUCUUGAUAAGUAUGAAAGUUUUGUCCAGCUCGUCGCCAAGACGUACCCUUCGGAGAAUAUACCAUCUUUAGCAGAGAUCAGAGACAUUUUAAUUAGCAUUUAAAAAUUCAUUUUGAUGUAUUCCUUUACUUUGCUUGAUGCCUAUAGUCAUUCUUUUUUAAUCGCCAUAUGUAAUUUGAUUUAUUUUAUUCUAUUAAGUGCAUUUAUUGUGUAGGUUUAAUUUUUUGAAAA